AUGGCUGCCUACGUGCUGACUCAGCCCCCAUCGAUGUCAGUGAGCCUGGGACAGACGGCCAGGAUCACCUGUGGGGGAGACAACAUUGGAAGUAAAUAUGCUUACUGGUACCAACAGAAGCCAGGCCAGGCCCCCGUGACGAUUAUCUAUGCUGAUAGCAACCAGCCCUCAGGGAUCCCUGACCGAUUCUCAGGCACCAACUCGGGGAACACGGCUACCCUGACCAUCAGCGGGGCCCGGGCCGAGGACGAGGCUGACUAUUACUGUCUGUCAUCAGCAAGCGGUGCUGAUGCUCACGGUUCUGUGGCCUCCUAUGAGCUGACUCAGCCCCCAUCUGUGUCUGUGACCCUGGGACAAACAGCCCGGAUCACCUGUGGGGGAAACAACACUGGAAGUACAAAUGUUUCCUGCUACCAACAGAAGCCGGGCCAGGCCCCUGUGACGAUUAUCUAUGGUGAUAGCAGCCGGCCCUCAGGGAUCCCUGACCGAUUCUCAGGCUCCAACUCAGGGAACACGGCCACCCUGACCAUCAGCGGAGCCCGGGCCAAGGACGAGGCUGACUAUUACUGUCACGUGCACCCCUCCCUCAUGUUCCAGCUCAGCUUGGCCAGUCUGUGGAUGCUGGGGAAAGCAGUGCAGGUCAUCGACAGGGGACAAGAUGGGGGGACAAUAUCAGAGCACGUGGAGCACCCUGGUGUCCCUGUGGCUUAG